UGGGAGCGCCGCAGCCCGUGGACAUCCACAGCUCAAUUCGUCUUUAUUGCGAACAAAAAAUAAAAAGAUAAACAAGUAUGACACGUCAUACAAAUACACAUAACAUGAAGUAUGGUCGCAAACUGAGCUAGUAUCCUGUGUACUUAUACUCAUACUGAGCCAGUAUCCUGUGUACUUAUACUCAUACUGAGCCAGUAUCAUGUGUACUUUCACACAUACUGAGCCAGUAUCCGGUGUACUUAUUACUGUUAAUCUCUCUUUUGCUCUACUUUGACUCUUGAGCUGGCUGGAGUGUGUGUGCGUGUGCGUGUGCGUGUGCGUGUGCGUGUGCGUGUGUGUGUGUCUGUCUGUCUGUCUGUCUGUCUGUCUGUCUGUCUGUCUGUCUGUCUGUCUGUCUGUCUGUCUGUCUGUCUGUCUGUCUGUUGUGUGUCUGUGUGUCUGUGUGCGCGCGCACAUCUUCUUUUACCCGGAAAACAUGUGUCACUCACUGGGAGGGGCGGCUCCUUGAACUUCCUCGUUUAACUGUUCGUCGCAGCGAGGAGCCUUUCUUCCUCCGCUUUUAAAACCUUUCACCUGAUUUACUUGUUUUAUGAACACUUUAACCUCCGUUUCUUCCCUUACAUUCAUACUUUUACAACUUUAUACCGUAUGGACGCAUUUUAAUCCCGGAGUAGAUAAGGAGUUGUGUUUGUGUCCAGGUCUCCAGUCUUCUAUGGAUGAGGAGAGAGAGGAUGGGGAUGGGGGUCCUACCUCUAAGACCACUCUGUCUGUGGAACAUGGCCGCCGGAGCAAAGCUAAGAGCCCAGAGCAGCAGGAGAGAGCAGACUCCCCUGGACCCAGCAAUCGAAUUAAUGAAAUUAAUGUUAAGACGACUUGUAGCAGACUUUACAGAAGGAGGCAGCAGAGAGCAGACUCCCCUGGACCCAGCUGUGUCUCCAUGAAGAGUGAGCACUAUAUGGGGGAGCUUGAAAGGAUCCGUUCUGAAUUUGUGAAGGGAGUUUCAGAACCUGUUAUCAAAGGUCUCCUGGAUGACCUUUGGCAGCAGAAGGUGUUCAGUUCUGAGGAAAAGGACUACGUGAUGGCCGAGAGGACCAAAGCAGACCAAGCACGUUGUCUGAUCGACAUGGUGAUGGGGAAAGGGGAGAGAGCAAGUCAAGCGAUGAUUGAUAGUAUGAAGAAGAGGGACGAACACUUAUGCUCCACCCUGGGUCUGAUGUCUUCUCCUCCUGGUGUGAGAUCUGCUGCGGUCCAGUGCCAACAUAAAAUAAAGUCUAAUUUGCAGAAGAAGUUCAGGUGUGUGUAUGAGGGAAUCGCUAAAGCAGGACGAUCAACACCUCUGAAUGACUUCUACACAGAGAUCUUCAUCACAGAGGGAGGCAGUGGAGAGGUCAACAAGGAACAUGAGAUCAGACUGAUUGAAACAGCUUCCAGGAAACAAGCCAUGGAGGAAACACCAAUCAGAUGCGAGGACAUCUUUAACCCAUUACCUGGACAAGAUAAACCAAUGAUAAAACCAAGGACAAUUAUGACAACAGGAGUGGCCGGCAUUGGUAAAACCGUCUUAACACACAAGUUCACUCUGGACUGGGCUGAAGACAAGGCCAAUCAGGACAUACACUUCACGUUUUUCUUCACUUUCAGAGAGCUGAAUUUACUAGAAAUGAAAGAGUUUAGCUUGGUGGGACUUCUUCAUCACUUCUUUAAUGAGACCAAAGAAGCAGGAAUCGGUAGAUACGACCUGUUCCAGGUUGUCUUCAUCUUUGAUGGUCUGGAUGAGUGUCGACUUCCUCUGGACUUCCAGAGAAACCCGAUCUGUACUGAUGUCACAGAGGUCACCUCGGUGGAUGUGCUGCUGACAAACCUGAUCAGGGGCAACCUGCUUACCUCUGCUUGCAUCUGGAUAACCACACGCCCUGCGGCAGCCAAUAGGAUCCCUGCUGAGUGUGUUGACAUGGUGACAGAGGUGAGAGGGUUCACCGACCCACAGAAGGAGGUGUACUUCAGGAAGAGAUUCACAGAGGAGACACUGGCCAAAAGAAUCAUCGACCACAUCAAGAAAUCACGAAGCCUCCACAUCAUGUGUCACAUCCCAGUCUUCUGUUGGAUCACUGCUACAGUUCUGGACAACUUCUUCAAAACAUCCCAGCUAGGAGAAGAGAUGCCCAACACCAUGACUCAGAUGUACAGCCACUUCCUGAGGGUUCAGUCCAUGCAGGGGGACUGGAAGUAUCAUGGGAGAUCUGAAACAGAUCCACACUGGAGUCCAGAGAGCAGGAAGAUUAUUGUUUCUCUGGGAAAACUGGCUUUUAAGCAGCUGGAGAAAGGCCACCUGAUCUUCUACGAGGCUGACCUGGCAGAGUGUGACAUCGAUAUCAGAGCAGCCUCAGAGUACUCAGGAGUGUUCACCCAGAUCUUUAAAGAGGAGUGUGGGCUGUACCAGGACAAUGUUUUCUGCUUUGUCCACCUGAGCAUCCAGGAGUUUCUGGCUGCCCUUUAUGUCUUUAUGUCAUUCAUCGACACUGGGGUCAAUCUGCUCUCAGGACCACUACAAUCCCUGUUGUCUUUUUUUUUUGGAAACAAAAGAAAUGUCAAUCUCUACCAGAGUGCUGUGGACCAGGCCUUACAGAGUGAGAACGGACACCUGGACUUGUUCCUCCGCUUCCUCCUGGGCCUCUCUCUGGAGACCAAUCAGAUUGUCCUAAAAUGUCUGCUGGGAAAGACAGUAAGUGGCUCAAAGACCAGUGAGGAAAUGGGCUCUUACAUCAAGGAGAAGAUAGGUGGAGAUCUCUCUACAGAUAAAAUAAUCAAUCUGUUCCACUGUCUGAAUGAGCUGAACGACCGUUCUCUAGUGAAGGAGAUCGAACAGUACCUGACAUCAGGAAGUCUCUCCGGAAAAUCUCUCUCUCUUGCUCAACUGUCAGCUCUGGCCUUCAUCCUACUGACAUCAGAAGAGGAGCUGGACGUGUUUGACCUGAAGAAAUACUCUGCUUCAGAGAAGGGUCUUCUGAGGCUGCUGCCAGUGGUCAAAGCCUCCAAAACGUCUCUGCUCAAUGGCUGUUGUCUGUCAGAGGGAUGCUGUGAAGCUCUGGCCUCAGUUCUCAGCUCCAACUCCUCUAGUCUGAGAGAGCUAGACCUGAGUAUCAAUGAUCUGGAGGAUUCAGGAGUGAAGCUGCUCUCUGCUGGACUGGGGAGUCCACACUGUACACUGGAAACUCUCAGCCUCAAUGGCUGUCAUCUGUCAGAGAGAUGCUGUGAAGCUCUGGCCUCAGUUCUCAGCUCCAACUCCUCUCGUCUGAGAGAGCUGGACCUGAGUACCAAUAAUCUGCAGGAUUCAAGACUGAAGCUGCUCUCUGCUGGACUGGGGAGUCCACACUGUACACUGGAAACUCUCAGGCUAAAUGGCUGUCGUCUGUCAGAGAGAUGCUGUGAAGCUCUGGCCUCAGUUCUCAGCUCCAAGUCCUCUAGUAUGAAAAAGCUGGAACUGAGUACCAAUGAUCUGCAGGAUUCAGGAGUGAAGCUGCUCUCUGCUGGACUGGGGAGUCCACACUGUACACUGGAAACUCUCAGCCUCAAUGGCUGUCAUCUGUCAGAGAGAUGCUGUGAAGCUCUGGCCUCAGUUCUCAGCUCCAACUCCUCUAGUCUGAAAAAGCUGGACCUGAGUACCAAUGAUCUGCAGGAUUCAGGAGUGAAGCUGCUCUCUGCUGGACUGGGGAGUCCACACUGUACACUGGAAACUCUCAGCCUCAAUGGCUGUCAUCUGUCAAAGAUAUGCUGUGAAGCUCUGGCCUCAGUUCUCAGCUCCAACUCCUCUAGUCUGAAAAAGCUGGACCUGAGUACCAAUGAUCUGAAGGAUUCUGGAGUGAAGCUGCUCUCUGCUGGACUGGGGAGUCCACACUGUACACUGGAAACUCUCAGCCUCAAUGGCUGUGAUCUGUCAGAGAGAUGCUGUGAAGCUCUGGCCUCAGUUCUCAGCUCCAAGUCCUCUAGUCUGAAAAAGCUGGACCUGAGUACCAAUGAUCUGAAGGAUUCAGGAGUGAAGCUGCUCUCUGCUGGACUGGGGAGUCCACACUGUACACUGGAAACUCUCAGGCUCAAUGGCUGUCAUCUGUCAGAGAGAUGCUGUGAAGCUCUGGCCUCAGUUCUCAGCUCCAACUCCUGUUGUCUGAGAGAGCUGGAUCUGAGUACCAAUGAUCUGCAGGAUUCAGGAGUGAAGCUGCUCUCUGCUGGACUGGGGAGUCCACACUGUACACUGGAAACUCUCAGGCUCAAUGGCUGUCAUCUGUCAGAGGAAUGCUGUGAAGCUCUGGCCUCAGUUCUCAGCUCCAACUCCUCUAGUCUGAAAAAGCUGGACCUGAGUACCAAUGAUCUGCAGGAUUCAGGAGUGAAGCUGCUCUCUGCUGGACUGGGGAGUCCGCACUGUACACUGGAAACUCUCAGCUUGUCUGGCUGCCUGGUCACACAGGAAGGCUGUGCUUCUCUGGCCUCAGCUCUGAGCUCCAACCCCUCCCAUCUGAGAGUGCUGGACUUGAGCUACAAUCACCCAGGAGACUCUGGAGCUGGGCAGCUCUCUGCUGGACUGGAGGAUCCACACUGGAGACUGGACACUCUCAGUGUGGAGCACGGUGGAGUGUGGAGGCUGAAACCAGCUCUAAAGAAGUAUGCCUGUGACCUCACACUGGACCCCAACACGGCCAACAGAGGACUCUCUCUGUCUGAGGACAACAGGAAGGUGACGCGGGUUGGAGAGGACCAGUCGUAUCCGGAUCACCCAGACAGAUUUGACUCCCAGCGCCAGGUGUUGGGUAGAGAGGCUCUGACUGGCCGCUGUUACUGGGAGGUAGAGAGGGAAGGAUGGGUUGAUAUAGGAGUGACAUACAGAGGAAUCACAAGGAGAGGAGGGGGUGAUGACAGCAGGCUUGGAGGGAACAACAAGUCCUGGAGUCUUUAUUGUACUGAUGGUCGUUACUCUGUCUGGUACAACGGUACAGAGACAGCCCUCCCUCUCCGCCCCGCUGGCUCCACCAGAGUAGGAGUGUAUCUGGACCGGCCUGCUGGCUCUCUGUCCUUCUACAGAGUGUCCCCAGGUGGAGGAGGGUCCUCAGACACACUGACACACCUCCUCACCUUCUGGUCCUCCUUCACCCAGGAGGACCUCCUCCCGGGGGUGGUGGUAGUCUGGGGGGGAGCAGCGUCUCUGUGUCGGUUAUAGA